AUCACAUGUAGGUUGUUAUCUUGAUCCAACACCAAAUUCUUGAAACUAAUUUACAUGGAAAUCUGUAGCAGCUAGAGAGGAGAAAUAACAAGCAGAUUUUGGGACUUGAAGGGUUUAAUAUAUAAUGCAGAAAGACUACAUUGAUUUUAUAGUUGCCUGCGAUCUCAUACAUACCUGUAUGUCAGAUAGGAUAAUUUGUAAUGCAGUUUGGUGUGAAUAGAACUUCUUUUUUCGCUGAAGGUAUGUCUAAUUUUUAUUCUUUUGCUUGCCAACCAAAAAUCCAGGUUGGUAUUCAGUAGAUCACAAUAUGAUCAGUCAUGGAUAACAUUUUCUGUGCUCUUGGGUGCAUUUCAAACCUGCAUUGUCUGCUUUAUCCCUAUUUUCAAAACUUUAAAUUUGCCGGGAUAAAGUUGCAAUUUACGAAAAAACAUGUGCCUGAGAAUGUGUAUAUAAUAAAUUGUAUUAUAUAUUUAAAAAAGCGGUGUUACAUAAUGUUAACAAGACGUCCCUCCAAGUAACCCUAAAGUCAGGUUUUAUAUAUUUGUUACUUUCAUGCGCAGUUUGCACUGGGCAAACUGCAAUACAACUUUUCAUGGUUGUACUGAGUUCUGUAAUGAGUUGUGACAAACUUUAAAAACUAGGGCUUUCGUUUCUACUUUUGCUCAUGGUUUGUAUUUUGUAAACCGGAAUAGAAAUAUUGGUCAGUGAUGUUAUAUGAUCAAACGUCUCUACUGAGAGUUGUUUCACGAGAUAAGACAACCACCAUGAUUUCAAGCAUUUUCCAUUUUCAGGGGUCAAGCUUUCAAAAUAUAUUUUGGGUGUGGCAUUUACUAAUUUUGCUUAAUAUUGAUUUGUAUGCUUGACAGUCUUUUUUGGUGAGGUUAUUUUCAUGGCUGUCGCCUCUUCGUCAUUUACAUCUUCAAAAGAGACAACCAACUAUGCCAGGCUGUGCCGCCUCCUGGUAGAUGUUGGCUCUCAGGUGCUGAGGUCCACCUUUGACAAAAUACAUCCACCUGCGACUCUACCCACGGUUUUGGGAAAAACGUCUGUGCACUAUACAACAUUGCAAUCAUUGUACAAAGGGAAGAAAAAAGUGCUGAAUCCUACUCAAUGGGGGAAGCUGUAUCCUGCUCAUUCGCCUGUGUCAUCUGCAACCUUCGACAUUACACUUCUGACAGUGCUGCUCAGAAAUGUCUGUGGCUUGAGCUCUCCUGCCACUGGUUGGGAUCAUCUUCCCCCAGCUGCAAACACAAGCAUCGCAGAUGACAUCGCCAGAGUGAAGUAUUACAGGAACACGGUGUACGGCCAUGCCUCUCAAGCCUCUGUGGAUGACAUUAGUUUCAGUGCUUAUUGGCAGGAAAUACGAGAAGCUUUGGUAAGACUCGGAGGAGCUCAUUUUCGGACAGAUAUAGACAAUCUUGAGCACGACUGCAUGGAUCCGGAUAUCGAAGAGCAUUAUCGUGAACUGAUGAAACAGUGGAAGAAAGACGACAACAGCAUCAAGGAAAGACUUGAAGAGAUGGAAGAAGGCAUCAAACAGUCAUUAGAGCAAAUGAAAGGGGAAAUAGAGACCAAACUUACAAGGGUGGAGAUUGAAAUGAGGGAGUUUAAGGAAAAACUGGGAAGGCAGGCAGGCUCAGCUCAGGAAUACAAAAAUAGAGACGUUUUUGAUCCAAUUGAGCUAAUCGAUGGAAUUCGUCAACUGUACAAAACUCGCGAGGGAUGGCUUUCACCGUUUCCAUGGUGUGAAGAGUUCCAGUUUUUUGUGGGUGAUAUUUUUACAAGGCUCAAAGUUGUCAGAAGAAAGAAAACGAGAGGAGAAGUCACUGACAAAAUCAUCACCAUGUCGUCUCUCUUGAAUCCGCACGAAGAGUGUUCAGAACCAAGAACCGUGCUAAUCGAAGGAAAUCCUGGCAUGGGUAAAACUACUUACUGUAAAAAGUACGUUUACGAUUGGGCUACAAAAAAGCAGAACCCUCGGGAUUGCAUCUCAAGUAUCAAAACAGUGCUGCUCCUUAAAUGUCGUGAUAUCAAGUCCGACAUCUGGGAAGCCAUUGAUGACCAACUUCUCCCUCAAGAUCUAGAGGAAGGAGCGAAAGAGCAAUUCUUCCAGUUUAUACGUGAGAACCAAUCCAACGUUUUAUUGAUAUUAGAUGGACUGGAUGAGUUACCCUCCAGUAAAGUGCCAUUGAUUUCUGAAGUAAUUGCGGGAAGACUGCUUCCGAAGUGUUACAUAGUGGUAACUGCACGACACGAAACUGGAGUAAAGGUAAGAAAAUGCUGUGACACCUUGCUUGAGGUGGAAGGCUUUACUGAAGCACAAGCCAGAAAAUUUAUCGCCAAGUAUUUCAAGGAAGAGUCGGAAUUGGCUGAAAAGCUCUCGGCACGAAUAUCACGCGAUGAGAACCUUAAAGAAAUGUGUGCAAAUCCAUUGAACACGGCGCUGCUUUGCCUUUUGUGUGAAGAAUUCGGUGGUACCCUUCCAGAAAAUAGAACCAAGCUCUAUUUAAAUAUGAUUGAAUGUGUCUUGAGAAGAUAUCGAAAAAAGACAGAACUACCUGAUACCAAAGGAGAUCUUACAAACCUUUACAAAUCGCAGUUGAAAACCCUUGGAUUGAUAGCACUAAAUGGUUUGAAUGAUGACAAGUUGGAUUUUGAGGAGAAUGAACUAGGAGAGUGUGCAAGUGAUAUAGCUGCUUUAGGAUUUCUGUCUGUUCAUCAUGGAGGUAGUAAACUAAAGCCGAGUCUGCAUUAUGCAUUUCUACACAAAAGCUUUCAAGAAUGCUUUGCAGCGUUCUAUAUCUAUUGUGAGCUUCGAGAUGGACGAAUUAAACCUGAGCAGUUAGUAACGGAUGACAGAUAUUUCAGCAACCUGAAACAGGUGCUUUUGUUUUCAUGUGGCAUUUUAGCAGAACACUCCACAGAACAAGCUGCGGCUCUUGUUGCGAAUAUAGGGAAUCAGUUCGAGAAUGUAAGAAAAUAUAACGUUUUUCCCGUCCAAGUUGUAUUGGAGGCCAUCAACGAAUGUAAACGGGAAAAUGGGGAUUUUCAUCUGCAGCUAGCAAGACGUUUUGGAUCUAGUGUUCAAUUUGGACGUGUUGAUUUGCGUAUGGCUACUCUCAGAAAGGAACUCGUAGUUAUACUCUGUGAGGCUAUUAAAAAUAGCAAAUCUGUGACUGCCUUAAACUUGUCUGACAAUGGUAUCAAUGAAUCAGGCGCCACAUGCAUUGCUGAUGCAAUCAAGGUUAUUGACAGUGUGUCCAGUUUGGAUUUGUCACGCAAUUGUUUAACAGAUAUCGGUGCGAUUUCAAUUGCUGAGGCAAUGAAAGAUAACACGACCGUGACCGAGUUGAAUUUGUCCGGCAAUGGGAUCAGUUAUUUAGGUACUACAUCUAUUGCUGAGGCCAUGAAAGUUAACAAGACUCUGAGCCAUUUGUCGUUUUGGGGCAACGGUUUUGGUGAUGCAGGUGCUACGUCUAUUGCCGAGGCCAUCGAAGUCACUGGGACUUUAAUAAGUUUAGAUCUGUCCCGUAGUGGGUUUAGUGCUUCCGGUGCUGCAUCUAUUGCUAAGGCAAUAAAAGUCAACGAGACUCUGACUAUAUUGGAUUUGUCGUUCAAUCGUAUUAGUGAUGACGGAGUUAAAACUCUUGUUGAGGCAAUCAAAGUUAAUAAAACACUGACCAAGUUAAAUUUCGCGGAUAAUGGAAUCAGUGAUGCUGGCGCUGCAUCUAUAGCUGAGGCAAUAAAAUUGAAUAAAACCCUAAUUGACUUAAAUUUGUCCACCAAUGAUAUCCGUUCUGUCGGUGGCACGUUUCUUUCCGAGGCAAUCAAGGUCAAUGAGACUUUGAACAAUUUGGAUUUAUCGUCCAAUAGCAUCAAUGAUGCCGGUGCAACAUCUAUUGCUGAGUCAAUUAAGGUCAACAGGUCUCUGACCUCUUUGAGAAUGUGGCGAAAUGGCAUUUGUGUUGCUGGUGCUAAUUCUAUUGCAGAGGCAGUCAAAGUCAACAAGUCUCUGACCUCUUUGAGCAUAUGGAAAAAUAGUAUUGGUGAUGCUGGUGCUAUAUCUAUUGCAGAGGCAAUCAAAAUUAACAAAACUCUGACAAAUUUGGAUUUGUCGAAUAACGAUGUAGGUGAGGCUGGUGCCUCUUCUAUUGCUGAAGCAAUUAAAGUCGAAGGUGCUUUGAACCACUUAGACUUGUCGUACAAUGAUAUUGGUGAUGGCGGCACUACAUCUAUUGCUAAGGGGAUUAAAGUCAAUAAGACUCUGACACAUUUGGAUUUGUCACAAAAUCGUAUUAGUGAUGCUGGUGCUUCAUCUAUUGCCGAGGCGAUUAAAGUCAAUAAGACUCUGACCACUUUGAAUUUGUCAUACAAUCGUAUUAAUGAUGCUGGUGCUUCUUUUAUUGCUGAGGCUCUCAAAGUUAACAAGACUCUGACCACUUUGAGUUUAUCUGGGAAUCAGAUCAGUGAUGCCGGUGCAACACUAUUGCUGAGGGAUUCAAAGUCAGAAAGAGUGGCCAGUAUAUAUGUGUUAUGAACUUUUAAUGAUGUAAGUGACACCAUUACUACAUUUCUUGCUAAGGCAACCAAAGUCAACAAGUCUCUUACCCAAGUGUAUUUAUCCCAAACUUCUACAGAAUUCUGAACAUUGUCGCGCCUUGUGUUCAGUAGAUUGUUUCCAUAUCUUAGAUCACGCCUCUACGAGUUUCCAACUCAAGAUAAAAGAAUCUAUUCACAUUGAAAGAGAACAACCUUUGAAUCAACAAUUACAUCAUGUAAAUCUAAAGGUAUCCUUAUAAUUUUAGCAUUGUCACGUUUUCUGUUGUUACUAGCUUAAUUAGCAUGGACUUAUAAAUUCAACUUGUGACGCUUUGUUAAUCAACUGAAGAUGACAGAGGUUUCUGUAGAAACAUGUCUUUUAAACUCAAAA